GAACGACCAUGGCACAAUUCCAUUUGUGACGGCAACCAUGCGGCGAGCGCACGAGCCUGAACCCGAGUCGGUGGCGUUGGCAAAGUACAAGCGAGCCCACCUUGACCCGUCGAUGGAGACAGUGUCGUGGGUGUCAUGGAAACCGUGUCCGCUGUACUUGGAGUUACAUCGCGAUUGCAACCUGUCUCUCGAACACAAGGAGAAAUUGCGUGUUGAGGGGUUGUACACCAUUGACGUGAUGGAGAAAGCCCAGGGCUUCGUUGGGUUAGGCCGCGACGACCUUGCCAAUGUGUUUGACCCAGUGUGGCUGAGGUCCGUGGGGCGGAUGAUAUGCCACUUCACGCUGCAACUCUGCCCACUCGGGAGGCCACCGGCGCUCGUCAUUACCCCGUGGAAGGGAAAAGUCUUGAUCAACAAUCAGCCUACGCCCAAUCACUUGUCCACCACAUUACACGCCGGGGAUGAGGUCAUCCUCGUUAAAAAAUCCAACGGGACCGAGCUCAAGUACGUCGUCGUGGAUAGAACAAAGCAACCAACGAUGGACGCUACGAUCGGAGUCGUGUUCGCUGCCCCCCUUGUCGAAUUCAAUCCAGACGGAGUCAAAAUCGCAUUGCCGGAACUGGAUUUCCGAAACGAGUGCCUCGUGCUGCAAAAGUGCCUCCACGAAGCGUCUCGGCAUAAGGAGCCUGUGCUUACGUCCAGUGGAGACCGCAUGUUUGUUCGAGUUCCGCGGCCGAUCCACCUCCUCGUGCAUUUUGCCACCAAGCAGUCGUUCCAGGCGUGGUCCCGCGGCCUCCAAGUGCUACACUUUUCUGGCCACGGCAACGACCACUGCGUGUAUUUCGAAGACAACAGCGGCGUCGCCGUCCCCAUCACGCCGCACGAAGUUGCCGAGCUGCUCCCGACUCCGCUGACCCUCAAAUUGGUGUUCGUCGCGUCCUGUGCCUCGGAAAACAUUGCGCAAGCCUUCGUGGCCCUUGGAGUCCCUCACGUCGUUGGAACCAAGUGCAAUACAGAGCUCGAGGACAAGGCAGCAAUCGCGUUUACAAGACGAUUUUACGACGCCCUCGCUCAAGGCACGACCGUGCAGAAAGCGUUCGACGUGGCUAAAAACUUUGUCGCGUCGCUGCCAAAUACUCGCAAUCCUGACCAAGUCGCCCAUAAGUUUCAACUACUGCCCGAGGGUCGCAGAGACUUGCACGGGUCGGCGGUGCUGUUUCCGGUGGACGAGGUCGAGAAAUGCCUCGACUUGUCCGAUCCGUUUGAGUGGAGCCAAGUGAGCGUAGUCCCCAUGGACGAGUCGUCGCAGUCGCCCGAGUCGUUGUCACCUCCGUCGUCACCCACUCCUCCGCUAUACGAUGUUUUUCCAAACAAGUUGCACUACGUUCGACCCGGGUUUGGAUACCGAAAUCUUGACAUGCACCACCUCGUCGUUGCAAUUCACGACCAUUCCCUCGUCACCCUGACCGGCCCGGAAGGCAUUGGCAAGUCGCAGUUGGCGCUAGCGACGGCGUGGUAUUUGGAUCUGCGCCAGACGAAGCGGGACAAUGUCCGUUUCUGCCGGCUCGGUGGCAUCCUCGAUUGUGUCUUCAACGAAACCUCCAUGUCGUGUGAGUCGUUGGAGCAUGUGUGGGCACGGCACCUCGAAGGAAUUGAAGCGUCGCUCGGGCUGGCGCUCCAUCCCGACAUGUGGCCCAACAUCAUCAUGUUCGAUGGCUGCGAUCCCCUACAUCACCACUGCCUCUUGCGCCAAUACGUGGAAGAUUUUGUCUGUCGCUUGCUCGCGCAAAAAAACGACCUCCACAUUGUCCUGACGGUGCGUACGCCUCUCGUCUGGUUGCACCAUUUGGACGGCGUUGGGCAUGUCAUGGAGGUCCGGCCGCUAGCGAUGGUCGACGGCGCCAAGUUGCUCCAGAAAGAGUUGAAUCGACCGUUGAAACUUGCGGACUAUGACUUGCUCGAGCUUCCGAUCCCGACGACUCCAUCGCUGUCGAGCGAUGACAUGGCCAAGUGGGUGGCGACAAGUCGAGUGUUCCAAGCCACGAGAGGUGUGCCCAUGCACGUUCUGGCACUCGUUGAUCGACUCAAAUUGUAACUCUUUGUAAACGUCUGAUCUGAAAUGACA